AUGACUACUACAAUCAAGACCCUGGGACCCUGCCCUGACACCCCUCCAAAUCUUGUGGGUUCACUCCAUGUAAAGCUUUAUCCUAAACUGACUUUGGACGAUGUGAGAAAGGAGGUCGGACCUCGUCUUCAGGAAGGAGGACGGCACAAACCACCAGACUGUAUUGCCCAACAGAAGGUGGCGAUCAUCAUCCCAUUCAGAAAUCGGCAUGAGCACCUUAAGCACUGGCUGUAUUACCUCCAUCCUAUUUUGAUGCGACAGCAGUCGGACUACAGAGUGUAUGUCAUGAACCAGGAUGGAGAGGGAGUGUUCAACCGGGCGAAACUGAUGAACAUAGGCCACACUGAAGCACUGAAGGAAUAUGAUUUUGACUGCUUUGUCUUCUCUGACAUAGAUCUGAUUCCUAUGGAUGACCGCAACCUCUACAGAUGUUUUGAUAGUCCUCGACACUUGUCUGUGGCUGUAGAUAAAUUCAACUUCAGGUUACCCUAUAAAACCAUCUUUGGUGGGGUUAGUGCAUUGUCCAAGAAGCAAUUCUUAAAGGUUAACGGGUUCUCGAACACUUACUGGGGCUGGGGUGGUGAGGAUGAUGAUCUUUAUACGCGAAUUACUCAACGUGGAAUGACCAUCUCCCGACCUGACAUGGUGACAGGAAAGUACAGGAUGAUCAAACAUAAGAGAGACCCGCACAAUGAGAGUAACCCAAAGACUUACAGCAAACUGAGGCAAACCAGGCAGACCAUGGAUAAAGAUGGGAUUAAUACCUUAAAGUACACAGUCAAGGAGAUUAUGAAGGAUAAACUGUACACUUAUAUUACUGUGGAUGUUGGAGCUCCGGCAAAGGUGUAGACUCAAACAAAAGUAGGUGCAACUGAUGUGAAUUAUGUUUGCACACUUGUAUGCAUGUGUAGUAUGCGAGUAUAUGUGUGUGUGAAUAAAGAGAAUGCAAUCUUUAUGAAUAUUAAGUACAGAGAUACUUUAAAUCCUUGAAUGACAAUCACUUCUCUCAGAGUAGAGCAUGAAAUAUUCUACAUCUAUACUUUAAUCUGUCAUUGCCUUUACACAUAAUUCAAAUGUAGAAGAUGUGGUUGAUUUGAGUGUAUUAUAAGGACAAACAAUACACAUGAAGUGGACAACACAGAAGACAGACCACAGUGUUUGGUUGGCCAAUAAUGUGGUGAAGAGGCCUUUAUAUUUCAUUUCUCAUUUACACAAUAUUUUCUACAUUUCAGCAUUUUUAUUGAGACAUAUGUCUCUGCUCAUUGUAAAUACGAGACAGCCUGGAGAAUGUGAUGAAAUGAAUAGGGACAAUCCAUUUUGGUGGCACUGGCUGAUGUUUCCCUUUUCUUUUCCGAAGAUGGGUUCACUGCUUUAAGUUAUGUAUUGUCAUUUGCAAAACUGAUGUGAUGGUUGUACCUUUGCCUUGAAAACUGUAAGAAUGUUUUUAAAAACUAAGAACUGCAAUAAAAUGUAUGGCCACAGCUAAAUUAAAUUUAUGGUGAGCACACUGUGAAUGAGUCACAAACUACUUAAAGUUGUCAUUUUUUUAAAAUUUGCUUGCAAGUUUGAAUAUCAUCAAUACACAUAAUUUACCAUACAAUCUCUCUAUACUCAGCAGAUCUCAUCUUAUUGGUAUCGUAAAUAAACAUUUCAUUAUCCCUCUAACAGUGGGACAUUUUUGUGUCAAUUACAGUUUUGAUCUUUACUGGGGUUUAUUCAUUUUUGUAAAGUUCAUGUCAGGAUUCUGUUUUAAUUUUCCUGGAUGAUAUCAGGUAUCAUUUGGUAGAACCAGUUGCUAUAACCAAAGUGAACGCAGGAGCAGCAGUAAAAAAUAAUCCAAAAACAUCAUAUGUAAUCGUAAAACAAUGACAGAGAACAUUUUAAAGCAUGAUAAGAACCUUACUUUGUCUUACUUUAAGUGCAUUUUGAGGAUAACAUACUAUUACUCAAUUAAGUUUUAAAUGCAGAAAUUUGAUUUGUAAUGGAGUAUUUUCACAGUGCAGUAUUAAUACUUUUACGUAAGUAUAAAGGAUCUGAAUACUUCUUCCACCACUGAGCAAAUAACAUUUUUUUUUUACCUUUAUUACACAGCUUUGCAGGAGGUGAUGGGAGGCUCAUCAUGUCUCACUGUGAAAAAAAUGUACAAAACUUGUGUUGGCAGGACACAAGUUAAUAAAAAAAUAGAGAGACACGUUUUAGUUUGGUGAGAUUAACCUUCAUGCCACCAACAUAUUUAACAUACAAGGACUACUAAUUGGGGUCCCUGAAACCCCCUUGAAUAAGUGGCACAUCCAGUUACAGUUGAACAGAAGAGGCCCGAGACUGGAGCCUUGGGGAACUCCACGUCAUUCUUGCUCACUCAGAUGUAUAAAUACCCAUUGACAGAAAGUGGUCUCUGUCCUGCAGAUAGAACCAGUUUAGGGCUGUGUCAGAAAGUCUCAGACAUUUUUCCAGACUGUCUGGUCUGUCAGGAGUGUCAGGUCUGUCAACAUGUUGACAGACCUGACAUGCUUCUGGGGUAUCCUGCCUCUGCUUUGCUUCGUUUGUCAAAGCACUUUGUAAACUGUUUUCUUUUGUAAUUCUCUUUCUAUUGGUUUAUAGAAGCAGUAUGAACAUAUUUAAACAAAAUCUGGAACCAGAUGAACAUGAAGACCAGAAAUACACUUCCGUUUUCACAGGAAUAUUACUGUUUACAUACUGUGUCUUUCAAAAUAAAUGCACUACUU